AUGAGUGCUAUGAAACAAUCCCACAAGUGGAAGCAGUGGCGUAGACACCCUAAAGAUUUCAACGGAAUAGCUAAGCAAGUCGCAGAAGAGCAGCAGCUCACCCGGAAGCAAGAUAGCUAUGGAAUAAUCCCGCUCAAGAUCCCAUCAUCACCAGCUUCUCAUUGCACCAUCCACACGACAGUGGGGUGCGUUGGCAAUGAUGAUUGUACUUCGAAGAGUCACAGCGUCAUCCGACUUCUUGGCCCCGUGAGGGAUGUCAUCGUGAGACCCGCUAGGCAUCAUUACCGGCCUGGAGAAACAAUAACUUUCUGGAUCCUGGCAUUAGACCACGACUUACGUUUGGUCCGCGGAGAGUUGGCAUAUGUGGCGCUUAAGGAUCCUGCGGGAACUAAAGUCGCUAUUUGGGAAGAACUGUCCAUGGACGAGGGAGUCCGGAAGUUCAGCGCAAUUCUAGCCAACGGAGCUCGCUGCGGCACAUGGCGUAUCGAAGCCCGCUGCGGUGGCGGAUCGGCCCGGGUCGACAUCAGCGUGGGCACCGGCAUCGGAAGUUCUGCUUCUGCAGCGCCGGCUGCCGAACAGCACUACGUGGAACUACGCUUUGCUGACAAUAUGAGACGCAGAUAUAAGCCUGGUUUGCCGUUUGUUGGACGAGUAGAAGCAAUGAGCACGGAAAAGCGCGUUCGAGUCCGUGUGAAGCUUUACGAUGACAAAACAGAUAUCUAUAGUCAAGACAUCGAUAUGUCGACGGGUGAAGGGGGGUUCAUCGUGCCUACUGUCAUGGCAGACGCACCUUAUGUGAACCUGCAGACUCACAAGACCGAUCUACUGAUGGCUAAAGAUGUCUUGGCCACAGUGAGAGGAGUAGCGGGUAGUACUAAGCAAGAUGAUGAGUUUGAUGAGUUAAAAUCAGAUGUUAGUGGAUAA